GGCCACGAGAGAGAAAACAGCAUUCAUAUCUACAGUGCUAUCUUAUCUAAUCUGGGUGUACUGAUGUAAUAUUAAUAUGUCUGAUAGGAUGAUUUUUUUUUUUGCUUACGGAAGAGAAUAAGUUUGAAUGAGAUCCACGGCCCCGUCCUAGAGUAACUAGUGAAAAGGAGCAGGAUGUUGGUUGAAGGUGAUAUAGUCGAAGACUUAUUCCAGCGUCUGGGUGAUAAGGGCAGGAUGAUACAACUGUGGUCAGAUCAUUGCAUCUCUACUGAUCAGCUAGCAGCAUUGGUCAAUGCCACACUGGCGGAUGGGUACAUUAGAUCCCACGAAUGUCGCCAAGUAAUCAUCAGCAGUAUCACCACAGAGCAGCCAGGAAUUCCUCUGUUCCACCUUGGCCCAUCAAUCUUACCAGACAGACUCUGCCACCAGCCAGGCUGCCUUAAGUAUGACCUGCCUCAACCCAGCUGUCUCAUCAAGUGGAGCCAGCCACCAGCCAGCUCACUGUGACUGAGAAUACUAGCCAUCAUGAAUACCCGUGUUGCAUGGGUAUUAUUGCUUACUUAUGGUGUCCUGCUUAUUAUUGGUGGCUUUGGAAUAUGGAAAUCAAUUGAAAGCACAUGGAAGAACAUGCAGAAUCCUCCAAAUCCACCAAAUACAACCACAGCAGUUCUGAAACAAUGGAACUUCAACCGUCUGAAUCAACCACCUCAAGAUGAUCAACAUUAUGUUAAAGCUAACAGCAGUUGUUAUGCAAAUUAUUAUGAGGAUCCAAGGCUAUAUUUAAUAAUGCCAUGUGGUGUUGCUGUUUUGAUUUCUGCAGUUUUGUUUCUGGGUGGAAUAUGCUCGAGGAAAAUCUUUGCAACAACAGUUGGUCUUCAUAGCUCUCUGGGACUGUGGAUUUUGAUCCUAUUGACUGCAAUAAUGUAUCAGACCAUUGACUGGAAACCAGAUGACAUUUUCUAUUCAACUUUUGGGUGGGUGAUUGGCAUUCAAGGUGGGAUGCUCCUUAUGGUUACCAUACAGAUUAUUCUUGCCAUGUGGGAGUUGUACAGGCAGAGGGCAGGCUGGCCAAAUGUAUACUUCACUCAUUUCUUCACUGCUGAAAUACCUGUACUUGCAUCAAGAGUGACACUUGGAAUAUUUGCCAUCAUCUUCAUGGAGUCUUCUCUAAUUAGGCGUGAAUUACGUGCCAGCAUUCCUUUCUCCAACUAUGAGAAUUUCCAACAUUUGUGCUAUCCAGAAUACUAUGUACUACCAUGCAUUGUUGUAUCUCUGUAUGGUGUAAUAGUCAGUAGUGAAGGCAUUCUUUCCCUGUUAUUUGGUAAAGUACACAACCAACUGAUGGCCUGUACUGCCUUAAUAUCAGCCAUUUGUUAUGCAGCACUUGCCAUUGUUACAUCUCCUGUAUUUGUGAGGGCUGUCAUUGGUCCUGUCAGAAUUACUCAAUUAGUGAUGAUCUUUUCCUGCGCAUCAAGCAUUCUGAGCUUCUUGCAUGCCAUUGCCUGCUUGGCUUUUCCCAGUGGUGUGAGAUCACCUCCACGCUUUAUCAAGACAUUUGCUGACCGUCUCUCAUCAAUUGAGUUCUCUGUAGAGGGAUUCAACAUUAGGGAAGCCUUAUCAUCAUCAUCAGCUGCAGUGUCAAGUGCUGCCGUAACCCUAAGAAACGAAUUUCAAGAAAGUAAUACAUUAUGUUGGAAUAUCAUCUCUUUAGUUGUGUCUCUUCUGGCAAUAAUACUUAUCAGCAGUGGAUUUGUUGGAAAUUAUUACUGGCCAAGCAUUUUGAUGUUGUGUGGGGAUGCUGUAGUCUUCUUUCGCUCCAUGCCAGCAGCAGUGACAGAACUGGCUUAUCAUCAGUUAGAUAAUGUUCCAGUUUUGUGGAAAGUUUUGCAAAUCAUCCCAGAAGACAUUAUCUUGUUAACUGGUUCCAUUGGAGCUUUCUGCUAUUUAUAUCCUGCAGUGCAUGUUGCAUCUGGCAUUAUAAACAUCUUGUUUGUAAUUUUCCAGACUGCUCGAAUGCUGAUGGACUACAGUGUACAGAAUGAAUUCUUGGCAGCACUUGCUCAAGUGACUGGAAGAGAUGAGAAUACUAACCUAAUGACAGAAGCCGAGCCUAGGAAUACAUACACGCACUGUGAUGAGGAACAAGGUAGUCUCUCUCAGGUUCAUAGUGAUAAAGAACAGACCUGCAUGCAUCAGGUUCUCAGUACUGAUGAAGGACAGAGUUGUCAAGCUCUUAGUAUUGAUGAAGAGCAGGGGCGUUCAUCUCAGGCUUUUGCUUGAGACACUACUGAAUGUGAAUUAUAUAUUCAUACUUUUAUGCUAAAUAUAAUGAUUAGCAGGCUGUGUUAUCAAAGAGUAAUUAAUAUGUUUUUUAGACCUAUUUGCUGUUCUUGGCAUGCUGAGAGUAAAAUUAAUAUUUGUGUGCUUUGUGGUGAUGUGAAGCUUCUUGGUUAGCUCAGAAAACCAAGUUAUUUAGGUGUUACUUUUAGAAAAACAUUAUACAGUACUAAGCAUUCAGUUCGAAUGUUAAUUCAGUCUGUUGUGUGCAAUAUCUUGAAUACUCCAUUGCUUAUUGUUUUAAACAUUUGCAAUAGUUAUGAGUGAAGAUAAGUAGAAGGUUCCUAUUAUCACUUUACACUCCCCAUACCCACAAAUUUAAAUGGGUUCUAAAGACACUUGAUUUUGUCUACAUUUUAACAAUUGUUUAUAGGGAGACAUCACUUUGUUAAGAAAGUUCA